CGAGCAUCGUCCCCCUCCUCCCAGGAAGGCCCUGUCAGCCGCAGGGCGGAGUCCGCCCUGAGGAGAGGGGCGGAGCCGCCUCAGGCGUCGGGCAGGAGGCCGUUGAGGACCAGGUGGGCCACCCGCAGCCUUCUGCCCGCCGCCCUCUCCCCGGUUGGCCUUCUGGGUAUGAGCAGGGUUUUCCGGAACGCGGGUUUCUACACCAGCGUCACCUUUUACUGGGCGAUGGAGGCGCAGAGAGCUUUGGAAGGCGUGCGACUCCAAGUGCUUUUCACUCAUCUUCUGGCUCCAGGUUUCUGCAUG